GACUAAUAUGAUACUUGUACAAACUCCAAAGAACGACAAAUGCUAUUGUUCAUAGACGCUGAAGAAUGAAUGGUAGAGAUCCUCUCUUGUCCGUAUAUAAAAUGACGAAUUAUUGUAUCCAUUUCUUUUACAGAGUUUCAGAACCGUAGGUUCGAUCAAGCAAUGGCUACGCCGACGCCUACGGUUACCCCCCGCCAAUCGACCCCCACCGCCGCCGUGGCCUCCUCUGGCGGCGGCACGGUCUUCGUCCCCACCCCCGCUUUCCGCAACUUCGUUAAUCAAAUCACAGAUAACGUACGGAAUGGCCUUUCCCACCGCCGCCCAUGGCCGGAGCUCGUGGCCCGAUCCGCCAUCUCCAAGCCGGAUUCCUUCUCGGAUGCCACCCUCCGCAUCCGCAAAAAUUACGCCUAUUUCCGGACGAAUUACCACAUUCUCGCCGCCGCCGUGAUCGGGAUCUCGCUCCUGAGCAAUCCGUUCACCCUGUUCCUCCUCGCCGGACUCCUCGCCGGCUGGCUAUUCCUCUACGUCUUCCGCCCGGCGGAUCAGCCUCUCGUCCUCUUCGGCCGCCAGUUCUCCGAUAUCGAAAUCCUCGCCGGCCUCGUCGUGUCUACUCUGUUCGUCGUCUUCCUCACCAGCGUCGGAUCCGUCUUGGUCUCCGGAUUGUUCGUGAGCGUCGCCGUUGUUUGCGUCCACGCCGCUUUUCGCGUUCCGGAAGAUUUCUACUUCGACGAACAGGCUCCUGCCGGCGGCGGGAUCAUCUCCAUGUUGACCGGCUCUGCCGCAACCGCGGCGGCGGCGGCUCCCUCUUCUGCCGCCACCCGCGUUUGAAUUCAAACCAUUCCGUGCGAGGCGGGGCAGCAUUCACCAUGUAUAAUUGCAAAUGUAUUACACCAAAAAGUUGGGGUUUGGGUAAAAUCUAAACGGUCUAAAUUAGACCAUCCAAAAAUUUCAAUCAGAUAAAUUCUCAUUAAUAUCAAAAUUGUGUAAUUAAAGGAACGGUUUUGCU